UGUACUAAGAUCUAUCUCAUGUUUCAGGUGUCCAGUGGGCGAGGCUACACACUUAUGGAGCUACUUAAGGGCUCUGGCGAAUUCUGCAAGGCACAAUAUCACAUCAAAUAAACAAGAAAGAAACCUGCUUAUGCUAAUCUAAGUGUGCAUUGUCUGAGUGUCCGUGUGAAUAGUGGGAGACUGAACUCGGUGAUGGGGUAAAGUGAAGGCCUGAAAAUAAGCGGGUCCUCUGUGGCUACGUUAUCGUCUGUAAUUGCUGCUGCCGUUGCUGCCGCCCUUCUGCUUUGUGGUCUUUCGGCCUAAGUAGCAAAGGAGAGAUCCCUAUCUUCGGCAGCACUUUCGGCAAAAUCAAAAUUGGGGAUCACCGCCAUACUGUAUAUGGUGGAGGAAGCUUGAGCUUGAUUGUUGCCUCCCUACCAGUCCUUUCCUUCACUAGCUCCAUCCUGUUCAAGCUUUUUACCAUUUAAGUUUUAUCUGUGAAGAGCCAAAGUGAGUGUGUUCUAAUUGUGUGUAUAUAUAGUGUGAUUGUGGAACAGUGUAUAAUAUCAGAUUACAGCAUUUUUUUAUAAAUACACAAUAUACAUAUAUAUAUAUACACAGUAUAUAUAUAUAUAAUUUAUAUAUUUGUAAAUUUGAGAAGGGAUCUCACAACUUCAUCCCAAGUUUAGAAGUCUCCCCAGGUGGAAGAUUCUCUACCACGUGAGAUUAUUAUUCAUUGCCAUCUUUUCUUAUUGUCACCUUAAAAAGCUGUACUUCAAAAGCUCUGCCUGAAAAAUCACAAGUGCAAGAGUAUACAUUACUACUGGCCUAUAGUUUUUUAAGAGCGUUAUGAGUGCAAAUAGUGCAAACAUGAGAUCAAAGAGCAUCAGACCUGCCCCUUCAGAAAUUGAAUACAAGAAUAUGCGCUUCCUCAUCACAGAUCGACCCACUGACGCAACCAUGCAGAGCUAUAUUGAGGAGUUGGUGAAGCAUGGUGUACGUGAUGUGGUUCGUGUUUGUGAACCAACAUACAAAACGGAUGAACUGAAGAAGGCGGGAAUAUCUGUGAUGGACCUGGUGUUUGAUGAUGGAACAUUCCCUCCUGCAGAGGUAAGGAUUGGAGCUCUUCAUUAUUUAAAAUCUAGGAUCUUCCUCUUCAUACUCCUUUUUGUACAUUAGUGUAGCCUCCUUAUC